CGACUCCACAGGGGCCGCUUUCUUCUAUUUUCUCUCUUCGGAACUGUCCAUUCCGAGUGAGCAGGAUGUCUUCGAGCGGUCUAGGCAAGGGCAGGAGCGGACCGAGCCUUCCAGCAUACUAUGGCUCGUCCAAAAAUCCUGGCAGCAUUGCCCGAGCAAAGGCCAAGGCCGGUCCGAAUCGAUCAACAAAGGCGUCUGGCAAGCUCAAGAUCCUCCCCGAAGAGCCUGAAGAUGUGAAUGCGACUGCGUCAAUACCGAAGGAGGGUCAAGAUGGUGCCAUGCCGAAAAAGUCGGGCGGUGGAGGCGGUGGAGACGACGACGACGAUGAUGAUUCCUCCGAUGAAGACGAUUCCGGCGAGGCCGUCGAUCGCUUUGGAACGACUGCAGAGGAGGAGAGGAGCCGAAUUAAUAAGCAGCUUGCCCUGGCACAGAUUCCAGAGGGAAGCAUGCGGCGGGAUGCCAGGAGACUUACCAGGAAGGGCCGGGCCAGUCUUCCGAGGGUCACGGCAUAUAGCACGGCGACAUCAUAUCGGAUGCGUGAGCUGACAAAGUGGCUUCAAGCCAGGAGGGAUACGCACCGGACCAACGUCAUGACUUUCGACGAGUGCGUCUACACGACGUACACCUACGAGCUGGUCGACGAGGCUAGAGGUAUCUCGAACCAUCAUCACCAUCCCCACCAUCACAGCCAUGUCCACAACUACAAUCAGCGCGGUAACGAGGACUCCAAAUCAAAACUGCGAAAUCGGAGUCAUUCGGCGGGAAGCGUGCAAAAGGACCAUUUGACCAAAACUGGCGAUCUUCUGGGCAUUCCCGAGCUGCAAGGCGAAAAUGAAGAGUCGGGCAUUUCUAAAGAGAAUGGAGCCGAGGGUCAGCAAGAAAGCGAGAAUGGAACGAGCAACAACGGUGCGAGUACCGCCACGCUGGUCGAUGUUGGCGAGCAGGGCGAGGAGGCGGACGAACAGGAUGCCGAACAAGCCGAGCAAAGGCGACAGGAAGAAGAGGCGAAGAGGAGAAGGGAGGAGGCCAGGCUGAGGAGAAAAGAGAGGUUCUCGGUCCACGGCAUGAUCCCCGAGAUCUUUUUCAUGGAAUAUGGCACCGUCGUAAUUUGGGGCAUGUCCGUUACAGAGGAGAAGCGGCUCCUGCGGGAGUUGCGCAAGUUCGAGGUGGAAAAGCUGGCGCAUGAGGACGUCGAGAGCGAGGAGCUCAACUGGUACCUGGCAGACUACAGUCGCAUCUACAAUGAUGUUAUCACUCUCCGGCGCGGCUCAAGCUACAUGACGAAGCUGUCGCUCUCACAUGCCUUGGCCCAAUCGACUAAAAUCAGCUUCUUUGAAGGCGUCAUCGACAACACAAUCGACACGACAAAAGACAUUCCUCAGAGCAUCGCCGAAAGUGGCAAGAUUGGCCUGCCUCCCGUCGACAUCAUGAAGCAGAUUGGACACCUUUUUAUCCUGCGGAUGAACAUCCACCUCGUCGGAUCCAUCGUUGACUCGCCGGAAAUCUUCUGGGCCCAACCCGAUCUGGAGCCCCUCUAUUCGGCCGCCAGGUCCUAUCUCGAGAUUCCCCAGCGCAUCGAGCUGCUCAAUGCCCGCGUGGAGGUGCUCCAGGAUAUGCUCCAGCUCCUGAAGGACCAGGUCACGAGCUCACAUUCCGAAUGGCUGGAGAUCAUUGUCAUCGUCCUCAUUCUACUAGAAAUCGUCCUCGGAGUGGCCACGAUGAUUGUCGACCUCUACUUUGCUUAAUAUUCUCCUUUUCUCUUCGCAUCUCGAUCUCUUCGUCUGAUGACCACCCUCAGGCUUCUGGCUCUCGUGUUCACAUCUACAUCCAUAUACAAUUGACCUAGGCAAACUCUCAAUCCUGUCAC